AUGGAAAUCUCUGCAGGCAUUGAGCGGGGUAACUCGCGAAUGGUACGCGGUCGCGGUCGAGGCCGUGGGCGGGGCCAUGGCUCGCGCGGAUUUUCGCGUUUGGACCGGUACGGUUUUUCUGAUCCCAAAGAAGCUCCUGAUGCCUAUGUCGUACAUGGUAACUUCGAUGCGAGCGAGUCUGACUUGGAAGAAUCAAGCGAUGUAGGUACUUCCACUGAUAGUGAAGAGGAAGAAGAAGAGGAAGAAGAGGAGAAUGAAAUGUCCGGUAGCGAAGCAGGAACGGAAGACGGAUCGUCAGAGGAGGAAGAAGAUGAUGCUUUGGGCUCUAUGUCCGAUCUUACGGCCCCUGUACCUGUUGCUAUGUGGGAUUUCCAGCAUUGCGAUCCUCGUCGCUGCAGUGGCAAAAAGCUCGCGCGCCAUGGCCUCAUUAAGGAAUUGCGCGUCGGACAAAAGUUCCGUGGCAUUGUCCUCACUCCUCAUGCUACCCAAGUGCUCUCACCAGCCGAUGCGCCUGUUCUCCGAGAAUAUGGCGUGGCCGUGGUAGAAUGCAGUUGGGCCCGUCUGGACGAGAUACCCUUUGGCAAGAUUAAAAGUCCACACGAACGGCUUCUCCCACGUCUCAUGGCCACCAACCCUGUUAAUUAUGGUAAGCCAUUCAAGUUGAAUUGUGUGGAAGCACUAGCUGCCGCGUUCUAUAUAUGCCACGCACGUCCUCUUGGUGAUCAGCUACUAGCCAAAUUCGCCUGGGGUGAAAACUUUCCAAAAAUAAAUCGCGAAUAUUUGGCCCGUUAUAGGGCGUGCCACUCUUCUACGGAGGUUGCGCAGGCUGCUGAUAACUUUGCUACGGCAGAGGAGCAAGAUCGGAAUGAACGUCGCUUAGCCUCAACUAGUCUAGGUGGGUAUGGGGCCAUUCCCCUGCCGCCGAAUAGCGACGAAGAAGACGCUUAG